CAGGAGGGGUUCUCUAUGGGUCAAAAGGCGAGCACACCGGCGACCAGUGGCCAGCAGAGCCCGCGCUCCAGGACAUUCUCGAGCAGCUCCACGGGAGCCCCUGACACAUCGCCACCGGGUGGGGACUCGGGCGCUGUCGGCAGCCGCCAUGUCGUCGGCGGUGAUGGCGGCCAGGGAUUCAAUCUGUUGCGGACGCUGCCGGGAUUGCAGGUGUACCACAACCAGAACUCAACUUCCAUAGACAGGCAGAGGGCGCGCAGCCUCAGCUCGGUGCCGGACAUCCAGCAGCAGCAACAGCAGCAGCAGCAACAGGGCUCCAUCACCUCAUCCGGCAGCAGCCCACAUGCACACACACACAACACACACCCACCACACACCGGCGGCGCCGUGUCCGUGGCCUUGUCAGCGAAUCCGGCGAACAGCAACAACAGCUUCUCCGUUGCUGCCAACAACAAUGGCACCUCGACGCAAUCCUAUAUGCCCCAACGACGCACCCUAGGCGACUCCAUACGGGAUAUGGGACUCACUGGCGGUACCAUUGCCGAGAGCAUCGCCCUGGCUGCGUCUGCCACUUCCGCCAAUGGGAUCGGACGCGUAUAUACAGCCACAUCGCUUCCAUCGCACAUCUGGUCCUUCAAUGGUAUCAAGUGCCCCGUUUGCAACAAGUUUGUGCUCCCCGACGAUAUUGAAUGCCACCUGGUGAUGUGCCUCACGAAACCACGUCUCUCAUAUAACGAGGAUCUAUUGACGGACGCCAAGGGCGAGUGCGUCAUCUGUUUGGAGGACUUGAGUCCAGGAGACACAAUCGCACGGCUGCCGUGUCUCUGCAUCUAUCACAAAGGAUGCAUCGAUCGUUGGUUUGAGGUGAAUCGCUCCUGUCCCGAACAUCCUGGAGAUUAGUAAUCCUCAUACGUGUUUGCUGUUGAUGUUUGCUCGUUGAGUUGUUCGUUAUGCAAGAGAUCGGGAAAGUACGUAGACGGAAGGGAGAGACCAAGAGAGAAUAACAGCGAGAACUACUGGCAGCCACAGCAGCAACAGCAACAGCAGCAGCAUCACCCCCAUCGGUGCCAGUUGCCAGGUUCCGGGUGCCAAGAGGUGCGUGGGACAGGGGUCCCAGGCUACAGUUUUGCGUAACACAGUAGACAGUUAAAAUAAGAGGAGAGGAGAGGCUACCUAUAUCGAUCUACAUAUAUCGGAUAAUUUGAUCUACCACCCGCAGACCGCGUAACCGUAGCGACACGAUCGACUGCUGAAACACAGACACACAAAACUCCCCCCUACCCACAAUCACACACAAACACAAAAAACAAUUGAAAGAAAUUAAUUUACAAAAUGCUAAACUGGCAUGAGGAAUAAAUAUGUUUUGGUGAUUGAGACGAUACCAACCCAACCCACAAAUACAACACAAACCACAAAAACCAGGAACAACCAGGAGAGAAGGCCACGACCUCGAUGGAGAUGCGGGGGAUCGAGAGAUCGGAGAUCGAAGGAUAAUGAUAGAAUGAUGGAAAUGUUAAGCGAAGCAACCAACCAACCAACAAAAGAAUGUCAACCAAUGUGAUGUUAAAUUUUAUAUUUUGUAACUAUAACGAUAAUGCUGUAAUUAUAAAUGUAAUUGUACGAGUACUAUA